AUGGCAAAAAGUAUUCGAGCCAGUGUCUCUAAGCGCAACCGGGCCAAUCUUCGCAAGAAGAUCGCUGGCCCGGUCGUCGACGCGCGAACCGAACGACUUGCCGCCAAACUCCAGGAACUUGCCUCGCAGCCGAAGCCCCAGCCCCCCGUGAAGUCGGAAAGGGAAAUGGGAACAGAUGAUGGUAUGUGUGCUGCUAUCUUGCGACAGGAUCUCGAUUCUGACGAAUGGCCCGUGACUAUAGCCGAUCAAAACCACAGCGACGAUAAAGCUACGGCGGCCGGUGAAGAGAUGGACGUCGAUACCAAAAUCUCCAAGAGCCAAAAGAAGCCCGCGCGUGUGCAGAAGCAGAACCGAAAGACUCGCUCCUCGAUAGUGUUUCAGUCACACUCCAAGGCGAACAAGGGCUCGAAGAGAAAGUAA